UGUGCUGGCAUGGGUUCAAUCCCUGGAGCCCGAAUUACCCUGAGCCACGGGCACAGUCAAAAAAUAGUUGAUAACAGUUAAUGUAUCAUGAAAUGAUACAGUAAUUUUAUGGCUCUAUCAAUUUCUAUCUAAAACUAUGUAAAAUCAAAGAAAAUGACCUUAAGGGAUAUGCACCAAAUAGGAACUCAGAAUUGGGAGAGGAUGAGGAUUGCUCAGAGGGGAUGUCAGUUUUAUCUGCAGUGUUUGAAUUUUUGAAAAGGGAAAUGUAUUCCUAUACUGCUUGUGUAAUUAAGGAUUACAAGUAUAAUUAAGAAUUUCAUAUACAAUUAAACAUUAAUUUUAAAAUGUAGGCACCAGUCUUUAUUUCCCCAAGAUCAUUUAUAAAUCAAUUUUCUUUUCUGUCUAUUAAUAACUCAGCUACCACUUACUAGAUGACAGUCCCUUCUGUCAUUCUGGCUUCUAUUUUUACUCCUCUCUGCCACCUCUGGACCUUCUCUUUCCAUCUGUGAUAUUGUGAUUGGGAAAUUAAAUUCAAGUGAGGACAAAAGAAAAGUGCUUCUGAAUUUAAGCAGCUCGGGUGUUUACCUUUUCCCUGUUCAAAUGUGUGCACAGAACCUCUUCUCUCUUAAUGCUCUGAGGAAAUUGGUGAGAAACAAGAUGACAGUAUCACCCGGGGAGCCUGCACAAGCACACAUUUUUGGCGGCUCUGUUCUUUGGGGACAUUGUGAAGUAAUGAUAUAUCUCUUCCCUAGCCUGGUGACUAGAAAAUGUGAGUCUCAGAGUUCCCAUCAUGGCUCAGUGGAAACGAAUCUGACUAGCAUCCAUGAGGAUGCAGGUUCAAUCCCUGGCCUUGCUCAGUGGGUUAAGGCUCCUGCAUUACCAUGAGCUGUGGCGCAGGCUGAUGAUUUGGGCUGGUGUGGCUGCGAUUUGGGCUGGUGACUACAGAUCCGAUUUGACCCCCAGCCUGGGAACCUCCAUAUGCCACUGGUGUGGCCCUAAAAAGACCAAAAAAAAAAAAAAAAAAGAAAAAGGAAAAAGAAACUGUGAGUCUUACAUGAGACCAGUAUCUCCCGAAGAAUGCAUGUGAUGCCCUGUAUAAUUCUUGAAGGACUCGGUCUUCGAGUCGGAGGUGAGAACCCCCAGGCAUCAUGGACAAAUGUAAAGAAAACUGCAUUUCGGGGCUUAAGACUACAAUUCCACCGGGUGAUGAUCCAAAACGCGUUCCAGGGACCCAGCACUUUCCAGCUCAGAAUCCGCCUUCUGCAAACAGCGGCCAGGCUCAGCGGAUCUUAUGUCCUUCAAAUUCCUCACAGCGCCUUCCUUUGCACGCGCAGAAGCUUGUCUCCAGCCAUAAACCAGCUCAGAAUCUGAAGCAGAAGCAGUUGCAGGCAACCAGUGGCCCUCGUCCUGUCUCCAGGCCUCUGAGUAACACCCAGCAGGGUGAGCAGCCCCAGCCGGCAGCGCCUGGAAAUAAUCCUGAAAAGGAAGUGGCAUCAAGACAGAAAAAUGAAGAAUCAAAAAAAAGACAAUGGGCUUUGGAAGAUUUUGAAGUUGGUUGCCCGCCGGGUAAAGGAAAGUUUGGUAAUGUUUAUUUAGCAAGAGAAAAACAAAGCAAGUUUAUCCUGGCUCUUAAAAUAUUGUUUAAAGCUCAGCUGGAGAAGGUAGGAGUUGAACAUCAUCUGAGAAGAGAAGUAGAAAUACAGUCCCACCUUAGGCAUCCAAAUAUUCUCAGACUGUAUGGUUAUUUCCAUGACGCUACCAGAGUUUACCUGAUCCUGGAAUAUGUACCUCUCGGAGCUGUCUACAGAGAACUUCAGAAACUGUCAAAGUUUGAUGAGCAGAGAACUGCUGCUUAUAUCACAGAGUUGGCAAAUGCCCUGUCUUACUGUCACUCAAAGAGAGAUAUUAAGCCAGAGAACCUGCUCCUUGGAUCCGCUGGAGAGCUUAAGAUUGCCAAUUUUGGGUGGUCGGUCCAUGCCCCAUCCUCCAGGAGAACCACCCUCUGCAGCACCCUGGACUACUUGCCCCCCGAGAUGAUCAAAGGCCAGAUGCACGACGAGAAGGUGGAUCUCUGGAGCCUGGGGGCACUUUGCUAUGAAUUCCUGGUUGGGAAGCCCCCCUUUGAGGCAAACACGUACCAAGAGACCUACAAAAGGAUAUCCCGGGUGGGAUUCACCUUCCCUGACUUGUUGAAGCACAAUCCCAGCCAAAGGCCCACCCUCAAGGAGGUACUCGAACACCCCUGGAUCACCGCCCAUUCCAAACCAGCAAGUUGUCACAAAAAAGAAUCCACCAGCAAACAACCCUAAGAACCUUUGCGGGUAGAAAUCCUGAGCCAGGGCUGCUGUGUAAUCUGUCUGCAACCAGCCACUGACCUGUCCUCUGCUG